CAGGCGGCGGGCGGGAGCGCGCGGCGGACGCGGCGGCGGCGAGAGUUACAAUACUUACUUGUUGUUAGUGUCAGUCGCUCGGCAGCGCGGCCACGGCCAGCAGGAAGAGCGCGGACGCGCGGCAAUGGUGGUCCCCGCGGCGGCGAGCGCGCCCCUCAGGAAAAGAAUAUUUGAGGUCCAUUUGUAAAGAAAGAAAGGGAAGCAAGGACAGCCCACCUAGAGUUGGAGCCAGUUAAACGAGUAAACAUUUCUAUCUUCAGAAUGUAAGUUAAGGAAUGAGAGGCAAGGAAGAAAGGACAUUCAUCUUGGAAAGAUUCAGAGCACUUUGAAAUUUUCAAUGAAUGUAACGCUAGCUGCUAAUACCCACUUUGUUACUGGAAUGGAAGUGCUUCAAAUUUAAACGGAAGUCUCCAUCAUACUGUGCACACGGAAAAGAGGCGUUGCAUGUGACCGCCUUUGCCAACCAUCAGAUAUUGAAGAUCCAAGAUUGGAACAGUACACAGUGAUUGCAUCAUGGUGUCAUUUUGUCCUUCACAGGGUGGGACUGAGUCAUUUACAUAUUAAUGAAGUCCCCUGUGCUGGACAGUGCAGCUGCUGCUGAGUGGACCUCUUGGGGACUGCCAUGAGAUGUCUAAAGCAUCCUCCAGAUUCCAGAAUGGAAUUUAUAUAGACCUGCACUCUGUAGCCUUAGAAAGUUCCAGUUUCUUCAUCUGUAAAGUAGUUGAUCAUUCAUAGAAGAGCUGCAAUAACAACAUAGAGAAGGUGAAAAUUUAACAAAAGUUUUGCCAUGCACUGAAAGAAAAGUAUUGUCUGUGAAGCUCUAUUUUUUAAAAUGUCUGCUUGUAACACCUUUACUGAACAUGUUUGGAAACCAGGUGAAUGCAAGAAUUGCUUUAAGCCUAAAAGCUUACACCAGCUCCCCCCAGACUCUGAGAGGCCACCCAUCACCCAUGGCAAUGUGAAAACGAAUGCCAAUCACAGUAACAACCACCGCAUCAGGAACACCGGAAAUUUCCGGCCCCCUGUGGCUAAAAAACCUACAAUAGCUGUGAAGCCCACUAUGAUGGUGGCAGAUGGGCAAAGUGUAUGUGGUGAGCUUAGCAUCCAAGAACACUGUGAGAACAAACCUGUUGUCAUAGGGUGGAACCGAAACAGGAUUGCCUUGAAUCCGAAACCACUUAACAAUAAUAAUGAAAAUGAGAUUGAAGGAUUUAGCCAUAUUCCUAAACCUUAUGACAAUAAUGAUAGUGCAAAGAAGGUAUCAAAUAAUAAUAAUGGACUAACUGAAGUGUUAAAAGAGAUAGCAGGCCUGGAUACUACCCCCCAGAUAAGAGGAAAUGAAACAAACUCCAGAGAAACAUUCUUAGGAAGAAUAAAUGAUUGCUACAAACGCUCACUGGAAAGAAAGCUCCCACCAAGCUGUAUGAUGGGCGGGAUAAAGGAUUCUCAGGGCAAGCAUGUCAUUCUGAGUGGGAGCACAGAAGUCAUCAGCAAUGAAGGAGGCCGCUUCUGCUACCCAGAGUUCUCUAGUGGCGAGGAGAGUGAAGAAGACAUUCUUUACAGCAACAUGGAAGGGGAGCAUGAGAGCUGGGAUGAGAGUGAUGAGGAGCUGCUGGCCAUGGAGAUCCGCAUGAGAGGGCAGCCUCGCUUUGCUAACUUCAGGGCAAACACUUUAUCUCCUGUGCGAUUCUUUGUGGACAAAAAAUGGAAUACCAUCCCUCUACGAAAUAAGUCACUGCAGAGAAUUUGUGCCGUGGACUAUGAUGACAGCUACGAUGAGAUUCUGAAUGGAUACAAUGAAAAUUCUACAGCCUCCUGUGGACAAGGAAGCAUUCAGAGUAUGGUGUCCUCAGAUUCCACAUCACCGGAUUCCUCCUUAACAGAAGAAUCACAUUCUGAGACAGCCAGUAGUUUAUCCCAGAAAAUUUGUAAUAGGGGGGUGUCUCCUGGUAACCCUGGAGAGUCUAAAGACAUAAAGGAAAAUAAUCAAGAGAAAGACUUGUCACAGGCCUCCAAAAGCUCCGUAAAAGUUCCAGAGACACACAAAGCAGUCCUUGCUCUUCGAUUAGAAGAGAAGGAUGGCAAAAUUGCUGUACAAACUGAGAAACAAGAAAGCAAAGCCUCUACAGAUAUUGCUGGGCAAGCAGUCACCAUAAACCUCGUCCCUGUAGAGGAGCAAGCGAAGCCCUACCGAGUUGUAAAUCUGGAACAGCCAUUGUGCAAGCCAUAUACUGUCGUAGAUGUGUCAGCAUCCAUGGCCAGUGAGCACCUUGAGGGUGCUGUCAGCAGCCCUAAAACCAAAAGCUCAUCCUCCACUCCAAACUCACCAGUAACAUCGCCUGCAUUAACCCCAGGACAAAUAAAUUCCCAUUUCCAAAAAUCCAGUGCAAUCCGAUACCAGGAAGUGUGGACUUCCAGCACCAGUCCACGACAGAAGAUUCCUAAAGUGGAAUUAAUUCCUGGCGGAAAUGGACCAAAUGUCCCUCCAAGGAAAAACUGUCACAAGUCAGCACCUACUUCACCCACAGCUACAAACAUUUCCUCCAAAACCAUCCCCGUUAAGUCACCUAAUUUGUCUGAAAUAAAAUUUAAUAGUUACAAUAAUGCUGGUAUGCCACCUUUUCCAAUUAUCAUUCAUGAUGAACCAACUUAUGCUCGGAGUUCCAAAAAUGCUAUUAAAGUUCCUAUUGUUAUUAAUCCAAAUGCCUAUGACAAUCUAGCCAUCUAUAAGAGUUUUCUGGGAACAAGUGGAGAACUCUCAGUGAAGGAAAAAACCACAAGUGUAAUAAGCCAUACUUAUGAAGAAAUAGAGACUGAAAGCCAAGUGUCUGAUAACACCACUGGCAAACUCACUGAAAGUCCCCAGGCUAAAGCGUUUUCAAACAGCACAGAGCGCAAAAAGGGCUCAGUUGCACAGAAGGUUCAGGAGUUUAACAGCUGUCUCAACAGAGAUCAGGCUUCCCCACAGAGAAACUAUAGUUCUAGCCACAGCUCCCCAGCGAAAAUCCAGAGAACCACUCAAGAGCCUGUGUCCAAAACAGAAAGCACACAGGAGUCUCAAAUGCCAGCCAGCACUGGCAGCACCAGGGAGAAGGCAAGCACCGUGCUCUCGCAGAUUGUAGCUUCUAUCCAGCCCCCCCAGUCACCUCCAGAAACACCUCAGUCUGGCCCUAAAGCUUGUAGCGUAGAAGAGCUUUAUGCCAUUCCUCCUGAUGCAGAUGCUGUGAAAAGCAUGCCUAAGAGCACAGCAGUCCGGCCCAAGUCUCUCUUUACAUCUCAGCCUGGAGUUGAGGCCGAAGCGCCUCAGACCACAGAGAAUCCCAGCACCAAAGUGCAGAAAGACCUAUUUGCAAAGCCUAUCACCUCUCCUCCCUCCAAAUUAGUGACCAGUCCCCAAAGUGAGCCAGCGCCCCCCUUCCCCCCACCACGAUCCACUUCCUCUCCUUACCACGCAAGUAACCUUCUGCAGAGGCAUUUCACCAACUGGACAAAGCCAACCAGCCCCACCAGAUCCACAGAAGCUGAAUCCAUUUUGCACUCUGAAGGCAGUAGGCGGGCAGCUGAGGCAAAGCCUAAACGCUGGAUAUCAUUUAAAAGCUUCUUCCGCCGUCGGAAAGCAGACGAGGAGGAUGACAAAGAAAAAGAGAGAGAGAAAGGAAAACUGGUGGGCCUUGAUGGCACAGUCAUCCACAUGCUGCCUCCUCCUCCAGUUCAGCGCCAUCACUGGUUUACAGAGGCAAAAGGAGAGUCUAGUGAGAAGCCGUCCAUUGUGUUCAUGUACAGGUGUGACCCUGCCCAAGGCCAGCUCAGUGUGGAACAGAGCAAGGUCGGGGCUGAGCAGACAACAGGCACAGAGAAGGAUAGAACAGAGAAUGUCUCACUGCAGAACUCAGAGAAAAAGAAAAAUAGUCAUACUUCUCCAUCACAGAUUCCUGAGAAAGUUCCCAGUCAUGUGACCCAUGAAUUGGUGGAAAAAUUUUCUCAUCGGGAUCUAAGACCUCCUGCAAAGCAAGAUGGAGGGGGCUGCACUUCCAUCUCACCAGCACUGCCACCACUUGACCCAGAAAGAGAAGAGGAAAAAGAAGAUACUUCAGAGCCUGUGGACCUGAACCCCUGUAGUGCAACAUACAGCAAUCUAGGGCAAUCCAGAGCAGCAAUGAUACCCCCCAAGCAUCCACGGCAGCCAAAGGGAGCUUUGGAUGAUGCCAUUGCCUUCGGAGGGAAAACAGACCAAGAAGCACCAAAUGCUUCCCAACCUACACCACCCCCAUUGCCAAAGAAAAUGAUCAUAAGAGCCAAUACAGAGCCAAUCUCCAAAGACCUCCAGAAAUCCAUGGAAAGUAGCCUUUGUGUCAUGGCUAAUCCUACCUAUGAUAUUGAUCCUAACUGGGAUGCCAGCAGCGCUGGCUCUUCCAUUAGCUAUGACCUCAAAGGACUAGACAUUGAGUCCUGUGAUUCCUUGGAGAGAUCUCUGCACAAGGAGAAACCUGUCCCUUCUGCUGCAAACAGCAUCUCCAGUUUAACCACUCUCAGUAUUAAGGACAGGUUUUCUAACAGCAUGGAGUCUCUGACCAGCCGACGUGGCCCCUCCUGCAGACAGGGCCGAAGCAUUCAGAAGCCGCAGAGACAAGCACUUUAUCGAGGACUUGAAAAUCGAGAAGAAGUAGUUAGUAAAAUCCGAAGCCUUCAUACAGAUGCCUUGAAGAAACUGGCUGUAAAAUGUGAAGACCUCUUUAUGGCCGGACAGAAAGACCAGCUCCGCUUUGGGGUUGACAGCUGGUCAGACUUUAGGCUGACCAGUGACAAACCAUGUUGUGAAGCAGGUGAUGCAGUUUACUACACCGCUUCAUAUGCAAAAGAUCCACUUAAUAACUAUGCAGUCAAGAUCUGUAAGAGCAAAGCUAAAGAAUCUCAGCAGUAUUAUCACAGCUUGGCUGUCCGGCAGAGUCUGGCAGUCCACUUCAACAUCCAGCAGGACUGUGGUCAUUUCCUCGCCGAAGUUCCUAACCGUCUGCUUCCCUGGGAGGAUCCUGAUGCCCCUGAGAAGGCAGAGGAUGAAAUGGAAGAGAGGGCAGAAGAAGUGAAAGGAGAAACUGGUGGGGGAAUACCAGAGCCCGGCUGUGAAACUGAGUCAUCCCAGAAGGAGAGUCAGGAAGUCCCGAACAGGAAGCAGAGAAGCCACGUUGUAGUCAUCACCAGAGAGGUUCCCCAUCUCACUGUGGCCGAUUUUGUGCGAGACUCUCUGACCCAUCACAGCAAAAGCCCAGAUGUGUACGAGAGGCAGGUGUGUCUGCUGCUGUUACAGCUGUGCUCUGGCCUCGAGCACCUCAAGCCCUACCACGUCACACACUGUGAUCUCCGCCUAGAGAAUCUGCUGCUUGUCCACUACCAGCCAGGGAGAGUCACCCAGGGCCCCGGGCCUGCAGAGCCCAGCCUCAUCUCCUCUGGUCCCUCGAGGCUUAUUGUGAGCAACUUCUCUCAGGCCAAGCAGAAGAGCCACCUGGUGGAUCCAGAGAUCCUGCGGGACCAGUCCCGCCUCGCCCCGGAAAUCAUAACGGCCACUCAGUAUAGGAAGUGUGAUGAGUUCCAGACAGGCAUCCUCAUCUAUGAGAUGCUGCACCUGCCCAACCCCUUUGAUGAGAACCCUGAGCUGAAGGAGAAGGAGUACACACGCGCAGACCUGCCUCGCAUUCCUCUCCGCUCCCCGUACUCCCGCGGCCUGCAGCAGCUAGCCAGCUGCCUCCUGAACCCCAACCCUUCUGAGCGCAUCCUCAUUUCUGAUGCCAGAGGCAUUCUCCAGUGUCUCCUCUGGGGCCCCCGUGAAGACCUCUUCCAGACCUUUGCUGCCUCUCCAAGCCUGGUGCAGAGGAACGCCCUGUUGCAGAACUGGCUGGACAUCAAGAGAACCCUGCUGAUGAUCAAGUUUGCUGAGAAGUCCCUGGACAGGGAGGGUGGCAUAAGCCUCGAGGACUGGCUUUGUGCUCAGUACCUGGCUUUUGCCUCCACAGACUCCCUGGGCUGUAUUGUGAAGAUUCUGCAACCCCAUUAAUGUGGCCAGGAUGCUGCUUAUAUUACAUGUCCUCCUCUUCAUGUCACCCCACACUUCGCUGUCCUGUUCUUCACCCAGAACUCAAAGGAUGGAGAGAGCCCUCCUGUUCCUGUCCAUGAACAAAUGGGUCCAUUCAGGAGCUUCCCCACCGCUCCAGAUCAAGUAAGAAGCUCUCUUAACUAUAGAAGUGCAGCUGCACAGACAAAUGGGAGCACCCUCCAUCCUCACAGUCCCCUCCAUGCAGUGAAAACUGCAGGUGCAUCUCCUUGAAGGGACCCUGUGGUCUGAGCUCAGGGAGCUGUGUUCGGUUCCCGUGUAAUUCUGACAAGCACUCGUCUUUUAGCAGCAAGUAUCUAGUCUCGCUAUCAAUAGCCAGAUACAGCCAGCCUCUGCCAGCAUCUAACCAACUCUCCAGCGGCCAUCUCCUUCCUUUCAGUUGUCAGUAACGGAGUCUCUACCAUGCAGACCUUCCAUUCUUAGCAUCAGCUCCAGUUUUGUUUGCCAGGACUGUGUCCUUUGUUCCAACAGGCAACAGAAAGAAAAAGAGAUUCCUGUCCCGUGGGCCGGAGACCCAUUUUCAUUUCUGUUACCUGUAAGUGUGUGCACUGCACAGAGAAUGGCCUUAAUAGCCUCCCCUCUGCUGCGACUGCCUAGUUCUUCACCUCUACUCUGUCCCCACUUGUGGCCCAUUACAGAGCUGACCCUUAGUGGUGUCACCAAUGCCUCAGCAGGGUGCAGCAAGUUGAAAGCUUAUGAAUAGCUUGCAGGGCAUGAGAAGAUGAUUUUCUCGCAUGUGCAAUUCACUAGGGGCCACAAAGGAACAGAGCUUAAAACACCAUGCUUUCAUUGCUGUCAGAGCUGUCAGUAUUGGCCGCCAAGGUCAGCAGGGCCUGGAUCAGAGCUCUCCUCUGAGCAGUGAUUGGCCAGCUUCCUCCUAUCAGUAGCCAGGAUUAACUGGUUGACCAAAUGCUGUACACACAACCCUAAAUGAAGUAGCAUCCAUUUAUCUCUGAGGCCUCCUUAGAUGGCAAUGUGAGAGACUGACUACUGCAGUGGUCAGAAGACAAAGGGAAAUGGUCACUGAUGAGACAGCUGGCCUCUUCCAGAGAGUCUGCGCCAUGGCCUGAGUGGCACAUUGCUCCCAGGACUUUGAAGUGACUCCAGAGGACAGCUCACAGGAAGGCAGAUGGCUGAGGGGCUGGCUGAGAGCUGUCCACCAUGGAGCCGUGCUCCUCUGUGAUGGAUGUAUGUGCAAUUUCUGUCUGUAUUUCUUAGCUGUAUAUUACAGUAUUCAUGUUGCAACUUCAUCUGAAGCAAGAUCUGCAGAAACCCUUGCUCUUUCCUCUGCACCAAGCCGAGUAUUCCUUCCCCCGUGUGUGCAUGUGCCCAUUUGUUUAUUCAAAACUGUGAGUAUCUGUUUACUUCAGCUUCGAGUCCCAAGAGUCGCUCACACGGUGUGUGUGCACACAUGCUUAGGGCGGAGGCCAGGCCUCAGGAACAGCCUGUGGAAGGGCCAACAGACCUGUGCUCUGCAGUCAGUGAGGCACUUGGGCCCUCCUGCCUGUGUGCUUUCCCAAAAGCCGAGAUGGACUGUGCAGUAUUACUUAGAUGGCACAUUAGUGGCCUUGGAAAUUUCUAAACUCUUACUAUUUUAACAGCCUUUCAUGUGAUUCACCUGUAUCAAAGAGGAUCAAGAAAGGAAAAGAAUGUUUUUUUUUUUUUUUUAAGAGAAAUGACAUCUGCAAGGUUCUAUCUAUAAGAGACCCUUGCCCUCCAGGACUUUCGGGAAGGCAGGCUGGCUGGCCCUGGAGUCUUGUCUUCUCUGCACAGAGGGCAGGCUUGGUCCCUCUGUCCUGUGGCUUGGCUGCCUUGCUGACAGGUGGUAUUUGGUUCAGCGUGCAGAGCCACGAGCACAUAACUCCUUGCCUGAUCAUGCACUGAGCGGGCCAUACACAGACCCUUGCCCACGUCAGCACCCCCACCUACGGUUUGCAAAUUGAGACAUAGCUUCUCAAUGUCAUUCCGCGGUGCCUUGCCCAAGUAAAUUUGAAUGUUGACUAUUUAAUGAGGUUACAUAUUUAAUGCAGAAUGUUCCCCGGUCCCUCUGUUUGUUCUGUCCAGAGGUAGCUUUGUUUUUUCCAUUUUCCCCGCUACGACUUGGAUCCAGUCUCCCCAGUAGAAUAGGAUGGGCACCUCCACUACCACUGUCUGACAGCACUGGGAAACUGAGCACCUCUUCAUACCACAUGAGUCUAUUACUGUUUUUAUGACCACACUUGUGAAGAGCCCAGGAUGCAUGCCAAGGAGUCAAGAAGGGCCUCCAGCCUCUUCGGACAAUGGCAAAGGAAUGUGAGGGGAAGAGAGAGAGGAGGGAAUGACAGGUUAGAGCAGAAGAGAGAAAAACUAUUUCUAGGCAAGAUGCACAUCAGAUGGUCCUCAGAAUAUUUCCAGAAUAAUGAAAUGCAGUCUAACAUUAUGAAUGCUUUAUACUUCCAUUUUAAUUUUGAUAGAAACUUGGAAUUCAUUUAUCAACUGGAAAUUCUGCCCUCUGUAGACACAGUUACACAUUUUUAUACAUAUAUGUGUAUAUGAGUUUUGGAUUGCAAACAGCAUUGAAUUUUUUGUCCAGUACCAUCAAGUUACUGUCCUCAAUACUGAUUGGAGUGUUUUUCUUUUCUGUUAGAGUCUGUACUAUGGAUUCUUUCAUUUCUGUUGAGCAUUUGAACAAUUAAGCAAGCCCUUAUAGAACAGCUCCCUAAGCCACACAAGCAUGAACAAUCUGACAUGUUUGGGUCCUGGGGACCCAGUGACUGGAGCAGCUGGGACCAGGCGUGAAUGUAUCACAGAGUGCCUUGUUGGAGUGCAGCGCUGCCCUGGCAGGAUGAAUGGGGUUCUGUAGAGAGGACAGGGUGGCAGAGAGCCCUCUAGAAAACGUAUAGCAGUGUGCUGUGCAGAAGCUAAGCAUGAACAACCCGGGUGGGAAAGGCUGCUACAACCUGUGGAGCCUCAGUGUGAGAACCGUGAGUGGGGCCAUCAGCUUGGGACUGCAGUGCCUGGCGAUGUCUCUCAGGACAUUUCCUCAGGGCGAGCUGGGUGAGGGACGCACGGAACACAGCACCCGCACCACCUAAUUACUGAAGGGCUGGGAGUGAAACACAUGAAGAUUUCGUGUCAGACAGGCAGAGACUAAGUCUGCUUCCAGGCUCAGAGGAUGCCUGUGAGCAUGUAAAACUCUGAACCUGUAAGAAAGCCAAGGGCAUUUCUGGGAGUACAAUUACCUAUAAUUAUAUUUCAAAGUUUCUAGUAUUAGAAAAUUUCCAUGCAAGACUUUCAGAGCGCUUGGAGUAGCUCAGCAUAAAAGGAUUGUACUCAGCUUCCUACAUUGAAAUGGUGAACAAUCUGGCACUGAGCAGUCAUGUGACAUUUGAUUUUGCUGGGAAUCUGCAGUUAGCAUUUUGCCAUAAUUUUACUACAAGUGAUGGGGAAACACGUAGUCUAGCCCUCGAAGCUGGGUGGCUGCGCUCAUGUAUUUCAGGUGACAGCAGCCGUGUGAAGUGUGAGCACCCUUGGGAACCUUGCCAAUGGAGAGCACUGAAGCUGUGGUCCAGGGCAGGUGCUGCCCUUGCCGGGAUGUGCACCAGAGCCAGCUGGCCAUGCUCACCCCAGCACUGCCCCUAGGGGCAGAGCAGGAAGCCAGGAGAGCCACGGUGCUAGGUUGUUAGCUAGAGAGGAUACCAAAGAAAUCAGUCUUUCUGUCUAGAUGUUUCUCAGAUGGUGAGGCUAAGAUACUGGGGAGGAGAGUCCUCAUACAUUCCAUAUCAGCUCUUUAGCUGGUAAAGUAAGUCCAUCCUCAAGAAAGCACCUGUUCUCUUUUAAGAAGUCCAUCUUGUGUAUUAGAAGAGGAAAAAAGAUUGCUGAUGGUGCUGGUCCUGGUGAUGGUGAUGGUGAUGGAAGAAGCCUGGGCAGACAAUGAAAAUCCUGGUGUCUAAGGAGACGGAACCUCUCCCACCCAACCAUAGCAUGACUGGCCGAGUCCUCGGCAUGGGAACAUCACGACAGAAUGAUCACGAGGCCCAAGUGUGUGUUUGUUUUAAAGAUAUAAGGUAGUUUUAGUAGAUAUGUUUAAAGUACUCUUGGGAGUUUUCUUACUACAUUGUACCAUUUUUAUAAACCUUCCUAUGAAGCUGUUUAGCAUUCAGCAUCCUUCCACUUAGUAUUUAUAAGUGCCCAGACUGUACAAGGUGCUAUACAGUUGUUACACAGCUCCUCUCCACAGCUGUUGGAAAUUAGCAUAGACUUCCGCAUCGACACUGCCAGAAGCUUUGCCAGCCCAGGAGGUGCUGCAGGGGCCUGCAUUCCAAACCCCCAUCACUCACUCACUCCCAGGGCCUCUGGUCUCUUCCCCAUUCCACACACCCCAUGGUUUUUGUUUUUUUGUUUUUUUUUUUUUUAAAUCAAGAAAGUUUCAGGGAAUCAAAAGAGGUCAGAAGUUUUUUAGCCUAGCAGAACUACAGAGGUAUAUAUUUUGCUACGAAUAUUAUUCUAGUACAGGAAACCCACUUUGCCCACUCGUGUGUGGCUGGUAUGUAUGUUUGCAGUCUUGAGUGUUACACCAGCACUGAGGCUUCGGAGUGGCCUUGCGGGAAGGUCAUUCACACUGCUCCAGCAGGCGCUACCCUUGCUGACUGUUAAGAGUGCUGCGUGUGAACGUGGGCUGGGAUUUCUGUGGAUGACGUGCAGGGCAUUUUCAUGUGAGAUCAGAGAUCAAGAAAGAAGCAAGAUGUCUGCCGUCUGAACCGUGACGGCUCUCAUUCCAAUCUCUAAUUCUCCAGGGCCCUGCUCACACUCUAUAUUUGAAAAUCUUGUUCUCUUGCUCUUUGCAGGGCUUUACUCUCCACUUACAUGUUCUAGAAUUGUAUAAAUCUGACAAUAACAGGUCCCCUGUCACCAGUGGUGCUGCCUUUUGGUUUGCUGUGGUACUUGCUGUGUACUCUGUGGCAUCGUGUUACUCUGUAAAUAAACUCAUUUUAAUAUGCACUAAAAA